AUGCAACUUCUCUCCAACGGGAUCCAAAUCGUCCAACCAGCUUUUACUGAAGGGAUUAAGAACGCAGUCGCAUACUGUCAGCCUGUCAUGGAGAGCUUGCCAGGUUUAGCCGCUUUGGCCGCCAAAUGGGCCGUUGAGAACCCAGGCGCAGCAGCAUCAACUGUAGUCGGGAUUGCUGUGAUCGCUGCCCCAGGCUUCGUUGUUUCCCCGACGCUUACUAUGCUUGGGUUUGGACCUGGUGACUCCCUUGCGGCCACCGCACAGAGUGUAGUUGGCAAUGUCGCAGCCGGAUCUACGUUUGCUACGCUGCAGAGUGCCGGGGCAGGGGGGGCCGGUCUUGCGGUCAUUGAUGGGGCGGUGCAGGCUGGGGGUUUGGCUGUGGGUAUCUGGAGAAUGGGGUUAACAUGGAUUAGGGCGAGAUUAUAA